AAUAUAAAAAGACGCGAUUGAUGUCUCACAUCACUCUUGGCCUCCAACUUGGAAAGCACGUAACCAAGAACGAUGAGGCUUCAAUUCUUCAUUGCGGUGUCGUUCCUGGCCAUGGCAGUGCACGUCUGCAGUGGCAGGCUGCAAGCAAGCGAAGGCGUGACGGAAUUUGACUUCGACCAAGCCAAUUUGAUUACGAUUAAGCCCUUUCAAGAUGCACCAAGCGACAAUGAUACACAAGUCACGGUCAUCGACACCCUCAGAGACAUCUCCAAGACCCUCAAGGAGAAAUUCAUCAUUCUUGGGGACAAGAUCAAGGAAAAGAUGAAUCAGCUCAAGCAAGCUGCCGGCGAUCAGGCCCAAAAAAUCAAGUCCCAGCUCAAUGAUCUAAAGCAGCAGUUGAAAGACUCUGUUCAGGCUCUUAGGAAAAAGGUGCAGGGCUUUUUCGACAAAGGCCAGUACGCGUCUUUUGGUGAACAUGCCAUAGAAGUUUUUGGAAAGAUAGUCGAGAUCCGGGAUAAACUUAAUGAGUUUAUGAAGGGCGUGAAGGAUGUCACCGCAGAUAAAUUGAGACAAAUGCAGGAGCUGGCCAAGCAGCUGAGGCAGCAGAUCAAAAUGAAGGUGCAGGAACUUCUUCACGGCUCUAGCGAUUCUCAAACGGCAGUUUACUAUGUAAUCGAUGAUGACGAUGUUGAAGAUAGUGAGGCUUAUGUUAUCGCAACCCUUAAGGACAUCUCUAAGUCUCUCAAGGAGAAGUUCCUUCUUCUUGUCGAACACUUGAAGGAGAAAUUUGCUGAGCUAAAAAAGGUUGGCGGUGAGCACGCAAAUAAAAUCAAAGGGGAAUUACAAACUUUAAUGGAGCAGGUGGCGGAUGCUCGUGAAGCAAUGAAACAGAAGGUGCAAGAAUUAUUUAAACCUGCUCAGUAUGCGUCAUUCGGUGAACACGCGACGGAAAUUUUCGCUAAGCUGAGAAAUCUUCGUGAAAAACUGAACAAAAUUCUAAAAGACAUCAAGAAAGUCACUGGUGAGAAAGUAGACAAGCUUAGAGAGCUCAUCAAAGAAACGCGGCAGGAAAUCAAAAAGAGGAUACAAGAACUCAUGGGUUCUAGCAAUGCUACGACCGCUCUGUACCAAGCGAGCGAUGCCGAUGAAGAUAAAGAGGCCUACAUCGUCGACACCCUCAAGGAUAUUUCAAAGACCCUGAAAGAGAAAUUUCUGGUCUUGGGCAAAAGAAUUGCGCAAAAAAUUCAAGACCUGAAGGAUGCUGUCGGACUGCGUGCCACAGUGCUCAAGAAGCAACUUAAAGAACUCAAGGGACAGCUCGGGGAAGCAGCUGGUGCCAUGAAAAAGAAGGUGCUGGAGAUAGUCCGACCUGCCCAGUCGGCACAAUAUGGCCUCUCUGACGAUAUGUUCUCAGAAGUUUCUCAAAACCUGGCUGCCCUCCGGAAGAAACUGCAGAGUUUCUUGGAGAAGGUGCAGAAACUUGCGGGAGAGAAGUGGGUGAAGAUGCAGGAGACGAUUCGCGAGCUGAGGAACGAGAUCAAGCAAAGCAUAAGGAAGCUUCUUCACGGAAAAAUUGAGGUGCAAUCCACACUUGCUCCGGAGCCCAUGACCGCCAUGCCCAUCCAGUACUGAGUUCACUUCGCCCUGCGUACAGAGAAGCCGGACUCACGAACCGGCCCAUGCGAGCUUUCUACGCCUUGUGCUAUUAAGAAAUAAAGAAAUGGGAGAUUCA